UGUGCCACUUUCAGGUGUCCUCACACUGCUGCUUGGGUUCCAUUUUGUCAUAGGGUGCUGGCAGAUUACGGGCCUCACAUUGCUGCGGCCAGGCCCCUAAUCUGCCAUGGGCCCCUGUACCGCCUCCUCACGCUGCUGCCAGGUCCACAGUGUCUCAUGGGUCCCUGUUCGGCCUCCCAUUGCUGCUGUCUCCAUCGCCACACUCUGCCAUGUUCCACUUUCAGGUCUCCUCACACUGCUGCUGUGUUCCAUUUUGUCAUAGGGUGCUGUAUGGCCUCCCAUUGCUGCUGCCCGAAUCCACCGCCACACUGUGGCUCCACACUCUGGUUUUGGCCCCGUGACUGGCCAAAUGAGUGAAGUGUGCGGUGAUUCUAAUCGAUCGACGGCACUCAUCUGCAUGUCAUACUGACUGACAGUAUUAUUUCUCUUCACCAGCAGACUCCAAGGGCAUUUAAAUUAAAGGUACAGUGUUCUGCAGUAAUAUAA